CGACGCCCGCACCCGCAAUUUACCAUCUACCCAUUUUCCCCGACGUUUUUGUCUCACACCCACCUACCCACCCUUGCCUCGCCGCAUCAUGCACCCACGAUCGUAAAUAUCCUUAUCUUCGAUGACCCGUCGCCGCCCAUCACACUAAUGAUUCUCCUUGUAUUAUAAUCGAACCAACCAUCACAUGUGUAUUCUCACCAUCAAUCGCGCUCCUACUACUUAUACCUACUGCUCUUGCUUAUAGUAAUUUCUAACGGCUGCUGUUUAUAAUUCUCAUAUACAAAUUACGAGCUUCCCCCGAUUAACUUGUCCAUGGUAUGGUUCUUUUGACGGCGGACGUCCGCCACGUUCAAGGGCAUCUUCCUUCCUGCCAGCAUAAUUGGUGUCAUCUGAACGGACGAAGCGCGGGACUACCGGUUCUGGAUCCGUCAAAGAAGAGCGGUAGGGGCGCUGACACGAAACAACUGGCACGCGGCGCAAAGAGUACCUUUCAAGUUCCGUUGACAACUCAAUUUCAUGACAUGCAACUGAACCCAAGUAAGGAUCCGAUGGGAAAAUACGAUAGACGAGGUAAAAAAUGUCGUGAGAAUCAAAGGUAUGGGAAUUUUCUUCCAUUUGACGCCACGCUUUUGGCGGAACGGUUUGUUCCUUGGCGUGGGGGGGGGUUUCCUGUUCAUUUCCGUGAUGAACGACACCCCAUCGCUGAUUCCAUAGAUACGCAACCGACCGAGCCCGCCUGGACCUGGUACGGCGGUAUCUGUGGGAUAUGUUAUGUUACAGGCAUUGAUUUUCUGAUAUUGGUUGUGGAAGACUCCCACAGCGAUUACUGUGGGUGAAACCUCCGUAUGAUAUGGGGGGGGGAAAUGAAAUGUUGAUCAGCGCUCAUAGCAUAUAUAGUAUCGCAACUGAGUACGGGGGCAACACGUCACCAACAUUGUAGCUUAUGUGCUCCAGAGGAUCCAAUUA